AUGUUACCUAUUGUGUAUAGGUUGCUGCUUGCAUAUCUUUAUCCAGCUUAUGAAUGCUUCAAAUCUAUAGAGAAAAAUAAACCAGAUGUGGAACAACUUCGCUUUUGGUGCCAAUACUGGAUAAUUAUUGCUGCAAUGACCGUUUGGGAUCCGUUUGGUGAUGCUCUAAUUGGAUGGCUCCCAAUGUAUAGUGAAACAAAGCUGGUUAUUUGCGUAUAUCUCUGGUACCCCAAAACACAGGGAACAAAGUAUAUUUACGAGUCCUUUUUGAAACCAUACAUCUCAAAGCAUGAACCCGAGAUUGACCGUACCUUGUCCGAAUUUAAAACCCGGGCUGGUGAUUCGGCAGCUCUUUACUUCCAGAGAGUUUUAGCCUAUGCUCAAACAAGGUCUUUUGAUCUUCUACAAGUACUUAUGUCACAAUCUAUACAAAGACCACCCCCUCAGGUAAGCUUCACUUGA